GAGAUGAAUUGGAUUAAUCAAAUCAACAACGAGAUAAAGUGCAUUGCUCCUUCAAUAUAUGAUGGGAUGGAACAAUGGACGAAGCAUUCAAUUUACAAAAUUCCCUCAAUAGUAACCAAUCCAAACAGAAAAGCCUACAAACCACAAGCGAUUUCAUUUGGUCCUUAUCAUUAUGGAGAGGAACAUUUAAUGGCUAUGGAAGAACACAAACAUAGAGCACUUGUUCAUUUCUUAAAGAGAUGUGAAAAGCCCAUUGAGUUUGUAUUCCAAGCAAUGGAACAAGUGGUUCAAGAGUUGAGAGACUCGUACAAGCCACUUGAUCCAAUUUGGAUAUUGGACACACCAAAGUUUAUUCAAAUGAUGAUUCUUGAUGGUUGUUUUACCUUGGAGAUUUUGAGAGCUAAUCAUAAUCAUUGUGUUGUAGAUGACUAUGCAGAGAAUGAUCCUAUCUUUAGUGAACAUGGGAGGUUUUAUAUCUUGCCAUAUAUCAAGCGUGACAUGCUUAUGCUUGAGAAUCAAAUUCCUAUGACUUUUCUACGUACGUUGAUUCAACUUGAAAUUAGAACGGAACAGGAAUAUGAUCAUGAGUUAUUAAACGAGAAAAUCGUGAAAUUAUUAAACCCUAGGACACCUUUAAUUCAAAGCUUGGGAAAAUGCAUGCAUAUAUUGGAUGUGUAUAGAAAAAGCCUAAUUCAACAAGGACCAAGUCACCCAACACGCAUGCCUAAAGAAACAAAAAGAAACUGGUUAACUUUGGAAGCAGGAGAAGAGAUUCACUACGCCAAAUCCUUGCGCGUUGUAGUGAUUAUUCGAUCAGCGGUAGAGCUUCACGAAGCAGGAAUCCGCUUUAGGAAAAGCAAAACAUUAAGUCUAAGAGAUGUAUCAUUCGAUCGAGGUGUUCUUAGGCUUCCGAUUUUGGUUGUAGAUGACACCACUGAAUACAUGCUUCUUAAUCUCAUUGCCUUCGAGCGUCUUCAUGUUGGAGCAGGUAACGAGAUAACAUCGUUUAUAUUCUUUAUGGACACCAUGGUUGACAAUGCCGCGGAUGUUGCAAUUCUUAACCGGAAAGGGAUCAUUAUCAAUGCUCUUGGAAGUGAUAAAAUUGUUUCGAGAUUGUUUAACUCGUUGUCGAGGGAUAUUGCGGUGGAUCGACAUGGAGUACUUGAGGUGGCGAGGACGAGUAUGAGUGGAUUUUGCAAGAAACCAUGGAAUAGAUGGCGUGCUAAUCUCAUUCAUACUUAUUUUAGAAACCCUUGGGCUAUUGUUUCUCUUAUUGCUGGCAUUUUUCUUUUUGUAUUGACAACUAUUCAAACUAUAUACUCCGUCAAAAAAUCUUAUGAAAACUCAGGUCAAAUGACCUUCUCUAUGAACAAUUGUUCUGCGUCUAUUAAGAUCUUGAAUGGGUCUAAUUUUAAGAAAUGGAAGAAAGACUUAGAGUUUUCAUUAGGGAUUGCUGAUCUUGACAUGGCAUUGCAUGAAACCAAACAUGUGAUCAAUGAUCAGAGUACACCUGAAGAGAAAGAAAAAUUAGCUAAGUGGGAGAGGAGUGAUCGACUUAGCUCGUGUGCCAUGAAGAGGACCAUUUCUGAACAUGUGAUAAGUGGAUUGCCUGAGAAAGAGAAUGCUAAAGAAUAUCUUGCUGCUAUUAGAAAGAGGUUUCAGGUAUCUGAUAAUGUUGAAUCUGGAUAUUUACUGAAACAACUCACGGACAUGUCUAAACCAAACGGAAAACCCAUGACAUUGACCUGA